AAAUAAUAUCACACAGUACACAACAAACAGAAAAAAAAGUCUUCAGUAAUCCCAACUGCCUAUCUCUCCCUUCACUUUCCCGCCGCUCACUCUCAUCUUCAACCUUAUCUCCACCGAUUCUCCAGAACCUUCCCGAAUUCUCCAAUGCCUUACCUCCGGUUCUGCUAGCACAGUUUCCAUGUUUCCGAGCGGCGCAAUCCGGCGGAGGCUCGCCGCUGUUCUGCGGCCGUGGCUUCGGGAAGAGCCGGAGCUCGAGCUCAAUUUAGGGCUCGUCAACUCGCGUGCGGUGGCUAGGAAGCUCCGGUUCGAUACCGCGGCGCUGAACCGGCUCGGCGAUGAUUCGGACCGGUUUUCGUAUGAGGAGGUCAGUGUCGAACAGCUGAGCGUUCGGUUCUCCAACUGGCUCGCUCCUGCGUUUUCGAUUGAAUUUCAUGGCGUCAGAGUUGUGCUCUCGACUCGUGAGGUGAAGGAGGAGCGAGUAGCAUUUGCAGAGGAUAUGAUGAAAAAGAAGAAGAAGAAGCUUUCUGAGAUUGAUCCUCAGGGGAGUGAUGUGCAUGCUUUCCUGGAAAAGCUUAUGGCUACUUGUUCGACUCCGAAAAAUAAGUUCAAAACAUCUCUUUUGAAUGUGUUGCUCACACACUGUCAGCUUCAAGUGCAUGAUAUUAGUGUCCAAGUCCAGGUUCCGAUAUUAAAUGAUUCGUUUGUUUGUUCACUGGAUAUAGAAGAUAUUAAUGUAGAUCCUCAGUAUGUUGAUCGCGGGUGUCUUCUUCGAGGCCUGUUUGGUACAGUCUUUGUACCUGUGAAGGAGAGCUCUUUUGCUAUAGUAGGUAGUGGUUGUGAGGUUGGGUUUAAGAGGGCAGGUCAGCUGAAACGCGUCUUGUUGUUGAGUGAGUUGUGCACUGGCAUUAAUUUGAAUGAUUUUCAGGUUGCGGACAUCAAUCUUCGAGUCCCUGAAAUACAUUUUGCAUUUUCUCCGGAUGAUGUUUCUUUGUAUUUGGCAUUCACUAAAGCAUCAUCCCAAGAAUCACAUUGUGCUAGAGAUGGCAGACAACUGUGGAAGCUAGUGGCGAGUAGAAUUGACAGUAUGACUCCAGCUCAUAGAUGGUCGUUGCAAAAGUCAGCUGUUGUCGUUUGUUUAUGGUUACGUUAUGUCAAUGCUUAUGAGUAUUUACUGAGGCUAAUUGGAUAUUAUGAUGAUCACUUAUUAAGAAGAUCAGCUAUUAGAAUCUAUGAGGACAAGAUGCUUUCGAGUUCUGUUAAAUACCACUGGAAGGUGAUUUCUGAUAUAGAGAAAGAGCUGCCAGUGGAAGCUAUUGCACAGGCGUGGAGAGUGGCCCGUAAUAGAGCGGCAUCAAAUGUUCAGUGUCCCGAAUUCAGUUCCCAGAAAUCAUUUGUGACCACAAUUUUCAACUUCCUUCUCAUAAGUCUUUCGUUAUUAGCUUGUACCUGGAGAUUUUUGUGUAAGAUAGUCUUUUUGAUUAUGCACCCCUUAGUUUUUAGGAAAACAUUAGCCAAUGAGCCAAAGAGUGCAGAUCUGGAUAUUGUUUCUGAAGGUCCGUGUACACAGUUUUGCUUCAGUGUGCUGCUUGGAAAAGUUCAAAUCACUAUCUCUCAUAGAAAUGAAAUUCAACUCUUUGUAAAUAAAAAGUUGAAAUCACAUCUUGGAAUCACUUACUCGGAUUCACUUUCAUUUCGUCUUUCAGUUGAUGCACUAUUAUUAAAAUAUGUAGCGGAUAUGUGUGAAGAGUCUUUACUUAUAUCCUGUGGGCAACUAAAGGUCAGAUCCUCAUCUCUUAUGGAAGCUCCUGUUAAAGAAAGCAGUUCGAAAUUGUCUUUUAGUUCUAUGGAAGCACAUUGGAAGGAGAGCAAUGAUAAUUGGAAGAAUAUUCUUUGGGGUGAGCCAGCGGAAAUAUUGUCACUUUUAGAAACUUAUGAAACUGGUUCUGCUGAUCAUAUGGAAGGUUCUUGUGUCUCAUUUCUGAAAGACAUGUGGUUGGAUUGGAGAAGUGAGUGCGAUAAGUUUGGGAAAAGUGAAAUUCAGUACUCUGAAACUCCAUUCCUUCUUUGUGAAUUUAAAAACUUCUUGAUAUAUCCAGACCUCAAAACAUCCGAUUCUGGUUUUUUGAAGUUCUUUUUUAUUCUGGGAAAGUUGAAUCUUGUUUUGGGAUAUUCAUCAAUAGUAUCAUUGUCUCUGCUACUUAGGCAGACACAACAUGCUCUAUACUGGGCAGAGGCCAAUAGUCAGUCGUCCAAUUUUUCAUAUUCUCCAAGAACCAGUGAGAGUAAACCAGAAAUCAGUCUGGAUAGCAAAUACAAGUGCUAUGCUAAUAGAUUAGAAAUAGCAUUGCUUGAGCUGCUUCCAAAGAAACAGGUUCAACUAGGGGCAUUCAUUACUGGUCCUCACAUCCUUAUGUCAUUGGGGAAGAACUUUGAUGGUGGCAACAAAGAGACAAAUCAUGUACAUAUUCAGGACGAUUUUCAUCUUGUAUUUGAUGUGCACCAUAUUGAAGCUGCUGUUUGGCCAACCUCAAAGUUUGAUCUUGCAUCAUUUCCCUCAGCAUCUGAUGAUGUUGAACCAGAGUGCCUCAGGAUGGACCAGCCUCUGGUAAUUGAUAUCUCCAAAUCUAAUAAUGGGAAGUAUCAAGCUCAGGGUGGGAUGUCUCUUGGUUCCUACAUUCGUGUUGAUGGGUUAGAUGUCUGUCUGGUCUCCGCAGCAGGAAAACAAAAAAGCCAAAUUUUGGUUUCUAAGCCUAUGACUUUGCAGUUCUUGUCCUCCAGGGAGUAUGUUCAUUCAUUUAGCACAAAUGUGAUUGCUUCCUCUGCAGCUUUGUUUGGGAAAACUGAAGGAUUCACUGUUUUAUCAUAUAUGGAUGAGUUGGAUGUUCUCUUUCAGGUGCUUGCAAAUUUAUCUUCUGCAGUAUCAUAUUCAUAUAGACAAUUUGCAUCUAUCAGUGACAUGCCUUUGCAAUUUCCAAAGCAACAAUAUUCAUAUGCUGAAUCUGGGAAAGAGGAGAUUACAACGCAUGAACCUCCCUUGAGUUAUAGCAGUAUCCUAUUUUCAACUAAUGCAACCUUCAAAAUCAAGUCAAUGGAUAUAAUUGUUCACAGGUCUAGAAAGAGUGAUUAUGUGAGGAGCUGCCUAGUAACUUUUGAUGCUUCAAGUAGCAAACAGUUUUAUGAGCAUGACUUGCCUGAUUAUGGAAUUUGGAUUUCAGUUCAUCACACAAGUAUUGAUAUGUCUUGCAAAGAAGGAAAAGUGAUACUCCUUUCUAAUUUAUCAGAGAUUCAGUCUUCAAGUUUUAAAUAUAAGAAUCGGAGAUGUAAAAGUCCUGUUCAGUCUGCAGAUAGUGAUCUGCUACGGCAAUCGUUUGACUGCAUAUAUCAACUAUCACUUUCUAGUUGUGAAGUUGAUUUGUCACUGUUCCUAUCUCAGAAAUGCCCAUCUAUUGGCACUGUUAGCAACAAACUCGAUACUAGUUCUGUGGGUGAAACAGAGCACCCGGAAAAUUUCACAGUCACUAAUUCUGAAAGCUCAGGUCAUCAGAACUAUACCUUUAUUGAAGGGUCAGAAUUUGCUUCAAAUAUUCGACCACCAGGCUUAGGCCAUUGGUUAGUUGUAAAUCUUGCACUGGGUAAGAUCUAUAUGGGAAGGUGCUCAGCAAAGAAUGUUAUGAAUGAGGUGCAUCAAUUAAAUAAGCUUGUGUCAUCAGUUUCUGUUGGCGGUGAAUUUCAGAGAAUCAGUUGCGAAAUUCAGGGUGGUUUUCUUUUCCUUGAAACGACAGCUUCGGCUACCUUGUUGCGAUGUUUUUCUUCAUAUCUUGAUUGCUUCACAAAUAUUUUGUCUGGCUUACACUCAUCUGAUAAGCACGUUGAAGAAGAUAAGCCCAUCAAAGAAGCUGAUACUGCUGUAAAUAUGACUAGACCAGAUAGUCAUUCUGAUAUGGACUCUAUGCAAGAGACUUCUUGUACAUCUCCACAGAUCGAAGGGGGACAGAAGGAAGCUUUUAUCUUAAAUAUUUCUCGCUUUUCUUGCGCUCUUGUGAUUCAGGAAGAGAAUGGUGCUGUACAGGAACUCGUGUUUGAGAUUGAUGCCCAUUUGAAUAUUGAGUUGGAAAACAUGCGAAGAAAAUUUAUAUUUAAGCUUUCUCGCAUAUCAAUCCUUUCUCAGGUUCUUCAAGAAAUUUUGGAAAAUCAAACCCGAAGUUCUCAAGUUUCUUCUGUCCCAUCAAAGGUUUUUCUAUCUCAUGUUGCAUCAGGAGUGUCUACAGGUUCUCAGCACAUGGAUGAGAUUCAUCCUGUUAACAAUGCAAGUAGUUCAAGAGGGCCUGGAUCACAGGAAGAGCGGUCUGCACAUAGUUCUCUGCAUGAGGCGUUUCGUCAUCAGAAAUAUAUCCUGAAGGGUCAAGAACAAGCCUCCAGUGAGUGUGAGUCAAGACAGGAAGGGGAAACUGUCUUCAUAUCAGUUGAGAAGCCCCCUUUAAAUGAAGUUUGGAUUGGAAGCGGAACUAUUUCAUGUUUCGAUAUUACAAUAUCUCUAUGUCAAAUAAAGAUGCUUUUGUCUAUGAUUUCAUCAUUCUCUGGGGUAUUUGGGGAGGAGGUGAUCAGUGAACCGGAUAGAAGGCACUGGUCGAGUAACGAGGAAUUUAAAAACAGUUUGGAGACGGUGGUUCCUAAUGGUGCAAUAGUGGCAAUUCAGGAUGUCCAUCAACAUAUGUAUUUUACAGUUGAGGGUAAAGAGAAUAAAUACAGUUUAGCGGGUGCAGCUCAUUAUUCUCUUGUGGGAGAAAGCGCUCUUUUCAUGGUCAAGUAUAACAAUCAAAGGGGAUGGAAAUCAUCAUCUUUGUGGUUCUCCUUGAUAUCAUUGCAUGCCAAGAAUGCUUCUGGGGAGCCAUUGCGCUUGAACUACAGUCGAGGAUCUGAUUUUGUUGAUGUCUCUAGUGCGAAUGAUAAUGCAGCAGCACUUUGGACAACCAUUUCUUGUGAGCCUGAAAGUUACGAGGGUGACAUUGACUGGGAGCCCUACAAUCAAUUGGUGAAAAGGACCUUUUACCUUGUGAACAAGAAGAAUGACUCUGCUGUUGCUAUUGUAGAUGGGAUUCCAGAGUUUGUUAGAAAGCCUGGAAAUCCGAUCAAGUUGAAAGUAUUCCAUAAUGCUUCUAUAGCUCCUGAUAUAAAGGUGGAUAGCUACCCCAGAUUGGAAUCGAUUGCUAGUCUGCAACAUAACCCACUGAGUGAUGAAGGCAUAACUUCUGGAAGUGGAAAGCUUCCAUGCAUCUAUGUCACAUUUGACACAAUUUCCUUGACCAUUAUCCAUGAACUCGUAGAUACAAAAGAUGUACCUCUCCUUCGUUGUUGCAUUGGCGGAACUGGACAGUCCAAACAUGAACUUGAAGACUCAAAAGACAUGGCUCUCCUUGGUGGCUGCAGUGACAGAACUAAACCCAAAUUUACUAUUCAAAUUCUCCCUUCUAAAGCUAGGGUUAUAAGCUCCUUAACAGCAGUGGCAUAUUACUUUGAUGCUCAAAGAAACAAAUGGAGAGAACUUAUCCACCCAGUUGAAACAUGCUUUUUCUAUCGCUCAACUCACAGUUCAGAAGGUGUUUCACAUGGAGUACCUGUUCAUAUCCAUUGCAGAACUAAAGAGUUGAAUAUAUCCCUAUCCGAGCUUUCAUUGGAUAUACUUCUCUUUACAGUUGGGAAACUAAAUUUAGCUGGUCCUUUCUCAGUGAGAAGUACUAAGAUUUGGGCCAAUUGUUGCAAGGUGGAGAACCAGUCAGGAUUAAACCUUCUUUGUCAGUAUGAUGAGGAAAGUGUGAAAGUUUCCAGAAGGCAGUCUACGUCCAUUAUUUUAAGGUGCUCGGAUUUGGAAAACCAACCUCCAGAGAUCGCGUCAGUUGUUUCAGUUCAACUUUCUGGUCCUAUAUCUUCUCUGACGACCUCUCCAAUUCAUAUCUCUCGUCUAGAAGCGCAAGCAUUUGCUUGGAGAACACAAAUUAUGUCACUUCAAGAUUCACAAACUUACCCUGGACCAUUUGUUAUAGUUGAUGUUUCAAGGAAAUCUGAGGAUGGUUUGUCGAUUCGUAUUUCUCCUCUCAUAAGAAUACACAAUGAAACUGGAUUGUCUAUAAAGCUACGAUUUCGACGACCUCAGCAGAAGGAAGAUGUUUUUGCUUCAGUGGUGCUUAAUGCUGGUGAUACAUAUGACGACUCCAUGGCCAUGUUUGAUGCUAUAAAUUUGGCUGGUGAAGAAAAGAAGGCCCUGAGGUCUUUGAGUCUUGGCAAUUUCUUGUUCUCCUUUAGACCUGAAAUUCCAGAAAUUCCAGAUGGCUUAAUGAACUCUAAGAAAUUAAUUUCAGCAGAGUGGUCAGAUGAUCUUAAAGGUGGAAAGGCAGUUCGUCUCUCUGGAAUUUUUCAUCAAUUAAGCUACAAAGUGCGGAAGGCUUUGUUUACUGAAUCUGCGAAAUCUUCCUUCAGCACUACCCAUUGCACUCUUAAAUCGGAAGGGGAAAAUACUGUGGAUAUGCAUUUUCUGAUUCAGAGUAUAAAGAGAAAAGUUCCUAUUGCACAACCUGAUAAGUCUAUGAAUGUCCUUGAAAAUAGCAAAUCACAAGUUGCAUUACAAGAGCAGAAGGAUAUUUAUCUUCUUCCUACAGUGUGUGUUUCCAAUUUAUUGCAUACGGAUAUACAUGUCUUUUUGAGUGAAUCAGAUGGACGUCCUACUACUGUAUCUGACAAUCUUAGGAAUCAAUCAACCAUAUCUUGCGGUUCCAUGGUUGAAUUUUAUACCAACCCUUCCAUUAUUUUCUUCACUAUCACUCUGACUGGUUUUGAUUCAACCUGCAAACCAGUGAACAGCAGUGAUUGGGUCAAAAAGUUACUGAAGCAGAAAAGUGAUGUUCCUUCUGUCGACAUUGAUCUGGAUUUUGGUGGGGGAAAGUGUUCUGCUACCUUAAGAUUGUCUCGAGGGAGCAGAGGCACCUUAGAGGCUGCUAUUUUCACAUCAUACUCCCUGAAAAAUGAUACAGAAUUUGGCCUUUGUUUCUUUGUGCCUAAUAAGAGGCCCCUUUCUAGGGAUGAAGCAGAGAACUAUGGUUCUAGCAUUCCUUCAGAAUUUGGAUUAUAUUUGCCUCCAAAGUCAACAAGAUCAUGGUUCUUAAAAUCCAACAAAGUGCGUCUCAAAUUGCUAAAAGAUAAUGCAUCUGAGACGCUUAUCGACUUGGAUGCUUUAUCAGGACUUGCUGAGAUAAGCUUGGAAACAGAGGAAGGAGCUGGAAUUAGAUCUAUUACAAAACAUGUUGUAAUUAAUGAAUCGGGAGAAAACAUCAUUGUUCGUCAAUGUUAUUUGCAGGAUGACACUGUUGGCAUGAUCCCUGUAAACAGUAAACAGAGGGCGCCUCUACAGCUGUGGAAUGUGAUAAACAAGAAGAGAGAUGUCAGUUUGUUUGAGCGUGUUAUGAAAAAGCACAGAAAAGCUAAUGAUGAUUCACCAAUAUAUCUCCAGUUUCGAUUGAAUGAGUCUAAAUUAGGGUGCAAUGUAACAGAAUUCGCUUAUGUUCAUCUUGUUGAAGAAGGCUCUACUCUUGGUUUACACUUCCAUAAACCUCCAAAUGUCAGUCUCCCAUACCGGAUCGAGAAUUGCUUGCCAGAUGUGUCGAUAACUUACUACCAGAAGGAUUCCUCAGAGCCAGAGAUUAUUGGAUCAGAAAGUUGCACUGAUUAUGUUUGGGAUGAUUUGACUCUUCCACAUAAGUUGGUCGUCAGGAUCAAUGAUAGUCUUCUACUACGUGAAAUUAACCUGGAUAAGGUGAGAGCAUGGAAGCCUUUCUACAAAACCAGGCAAUGGAGUGGACUGGCCACUCAUUUACCUUUGGGAAAAGACUCGGGGGACAAGAAGGGUGAUUUUGGUGAGUUUAAUGGCAUGGAGAUGAUGAAGGUGGGGUUUGAAGUAUAUGCAGACGGUCCAACCCGGGUUUUAAGAUUUUGUGAAAUCUCUACCAGUCACAAGGGAGAUAAAAUGUUUCACUCAUGCGAGAAGAUUCAGCUAAGAGUUAAUCAGUUUACAAUUCAUCUACUUGAACAUGAAAAGCAGGAUGGAGAAGAUAUGGAGCUACCUGGUUAUACACCAAUCUUAGCUGCAAGAAUGGGGAAUAUAAACUUUGAUUCUGUCUUUACAUAUGAGCAAAAGUUUAGCCAGAUCAGUGUACAGUCAUUGAAUUUGGAGCACAAGUGGGUGGGUGCUCCUUUUGCAGCAAUGCUCCGUAGACAUCAAUCAGACUUCAAUGAUUCAAAUGAUUCUGUACUCAAAAUUGUCAUUGUCUUGCUGUCAACUAGUUCCAAUGUUGUACAAAUUAAGUACGCGUCUAUUGCUCUGCAGCCAAUGGAUUUAAAUCUUGAUGAGGAGACAUUAAUGAAAAUUGCCCCAUUUUGGAGAACAUCUCUUAGUGAGGGGAAGAGUAGCCAGUAUUAUUUUGAUCAUUUUGAGAUCCAUCCGAUAAAGAUUAUUGCAAACUUUCUUCCUGGCGAGUCAUAUUCAAGUUAUAGCUCAGCUGAGGAGACUCUGAGGUCCUUGCUGCACAGUGUAGUUAAGGUCCCUGCGAUAAAAAAUAAGGUUGUAGAGCUCAAUGGUGUUAUGGUCACUCAUGCUCUUAUAACAAUGCGUGAAUUACUUAUCAAAUGCGCACAACAUUAUUCAUGGUAUGCCAUGAGGGCUAUAUAUAUUGCAAAGGGAAGUCCGUUGCUUCCACCGGAUUUUGUGUCGAUAUUUGAUGACUUGGCUUCUUCGUCUCUUGAUGUGUUCUUUGAUCCUUCUCGUGCAUUAGUGACUCUUCCAGGUUUGACUUUAGGUACCUUCAAAUUAAUCAGUAAAUGCAUCGAGGGUAAAGGAUUUUUGGGGACGAAACGAUAUUUUGGUGACUUAGGAAAAUCUUUGAGGACGGCAGGGUCAAAUGUACUGUUUGCUGCAGUCACUGAAAUAUCAGACUCUGUUCUAAAAGGAGCAGAAGCAAGUGGUUUUGAUGGAGUGGUCACCGGCUUUCACCAUGGAAUAUUGAAAUUGGCUAUGGAGCCAUCAUUAUUGGGAACUGCUUUGAUGGAAGGUGGCCCAGAUAGAAAGAUUAAGCUUGAUCGCAGUCCUGCUGUUGAUGAGUUGUAUAUCGAAGGAUACUUGCAAGCGAUGUUGGACACGAUGUUUAGACAAGAAUAUUUGAGAGUCAGAGUCAUUGAUGAUCAGGUUUACCUCAAGAACCUGCCCCCAAACAGUUCCCUUAUAGAGGAGAUUAUGGAUCGUGUGAAGGGGUUUCUUGUGAGCAAGUCACUUCUGAAAGGAGAUCCCUCAAUAACUUCCCGCCCCUUGGGUCAUCUUCGAGGUGAACGUGAGUGGAGAAUCGGCCCAACUGUGCUGACAUUAGGUGAGCAUCUGUUUGUGAGUUUUGCGAUCCGGAUGCUGCGGAAGCAAGCUAACAAGUGCAUCGCCAACAUCAAGUGGAAGCCAGAGAGUGAUAGUGGUACGUCAAUUGUCCCUGCAAGCUCCUCGGAAGAAGUGGUGAAGGGUAAGUUUAUUUGGAAAUGGGGAAGUGGGAUCGGUAAGUUUGUUUUGUCAGCUGUAGUAGCAUAUAUUGACGGAAGGUUAUGUCGUUCUAUUCCUAAUCCUGUAGCUCGCCGCAUUGUUAGUGGCUUUCUGUUGACUUUCCUUGAUAACAACAAUAGCAAUGAAUGAACUUUGCCUAUGUUUUUCUUUAGUUUC